UUUACCGACAGAACAUCCGAAACUACCCUUAACUUCCCGCACUCAUUCUCUCCCCUUCUCAAAGGGGAUGAAAGUUGCCCUAAUUUAUAGUGUCGAUAGUGCUGCAAAGGUCUUACAUUUUCAGUCUCUGUCUUGGUCUCAGUCUCUGCUACCUAGUGAAAAAUGGAUCUCUUGAGCGCUCUACCAGACGAUGUCCGUUCUCACAUACUAUCUUUCCUCACCACAAAGGAAGCCGCUCUGACCUCUGUCCUCUCCAAGAAAUGGCGUUACAUGUUCACACGUGUCCCCGUGCUCGACGUCGACGACUCUGACUUUCUCCAUCCGUGGAUCUUCAUGGCCUUUGUGGACCGCGUGUUGUCUCUCCAGGGUGACUCUCCCAUCGAGAGAUUCACCUUGAAGUGCGAAGACGGUGUUGAUCCGGAACGUGUUAACGGUUGGAUAUGCAACGCGCUGCGACGUGGCGUCUCGGAGCUUGAUCUCUCCAUUAACUUCGAGGACGAAGACUAUCUUCUCCCUCGAGAGAUGUUUGUGAGUAAAUCGCUCGUGAAGCUGAAGCUAACGAGCGAGUUUGGUCUUCAUUGGUGUACUGGACCUGACGCCACUUUCUUACCAAUGCUUAAGACUCUUCACAUUGCCUCGGAGAUGAUAAACAUGGAUUGUGAUGUCAAGAUGGAGAAGUUUCUGGCUUGCUUCCCUGUGCUUGAGGAAGCAGAGAUGACAAGCAUGGACUGGAUCGAUCCGGUUGAUACUGUGUUUAGUCCAACUCUCAAGAAGCUAACGGUUCACACCACGGGCAUGAAAACCAUUCAGAACCCAAAGAGCAUCUCUUUCGACACUCCAAGCCUGCUCUUCUUAGCUUACUCUGAUUAUGCUGCAGAGGACUAUCCACUAGUUAAACUGAACAACGUAGCAGUGGCUAGAAUCGCGCUUUCGUUGACUGAAGAUCAAACCAGGAGAAUGAGAGCGCCACGUAAGGAUUUGUCAGAAGGUGAUGUUGUUCUACAGUUUGGUAAUGCGGUCAAGCUCAUGAAUGGCUUACAAAAUGUUAAGGAGCUUCACUUGCAUCCUGAUACUCUUGAGGUGCUUUCUCAAUGCUGUGAAUCAAUGCCUGUGUUCAACAACCUCAAGAUGUUAAUCAUUACAAGUGACGAGGAUAGAGGAUGGCAAGCAAUGCCAGCUCUCCUAAGGAACUGUCCUCAGCUAGAGUUUCUACUCAUUAAGGGUCUGGUGCACCAUGUGACAAACCAAUGCGGUGACGCUUGUGACUGCAUCCACAAGAAGCACAAAGGACGUUCGCUUAAAUCGUGUCCGGUGAAAAUGUUUGUGAUCAGAGGGUUUACGGGGACGAUGAAAGAGAUUAACAUGAUAGAGCAUUUCUUGGAUUAUUUUCCUUGUUUGAAGGAGAUGAAUAUCUAUGUCGAAGAAGAUGUUCCUACGCCGCUUAAGUACGACCGUCGAUUUACUGAACGUGUCUUGGAGAUGAUAGAAGAGUUCGACUACUCGUACAAUUGCAGUGUUCAGCUCCUUUAUGAGUGAAGUGGACUGCACAACGAAGACUCUGAGAUGAUCACCAAGAGAGGAUGGAUCUUGCAGCACACUGCUAGCUCUAGGGACGUUUAUUUAGUUUUUCCUUAUGCUUGCUUAGUUUAAUGUCGACAGAAACUGCGUGAUGAUGUUUUAAAACUUGGUUUGUCUGCAUUUUGGUUCGACCAAGACGUUUAAUGGUUUGAUUUGCUCGGUUCAAGAUUUCAUAAUCGGAUUAUAAAAUGAAAUAAAAAACAUUCGGAA